GGCCGGAGCGACCUUCAGCCCCGUGGUGUUAUGGCGUCUUGUCCCUGCGGGCACGGGCGUGCGGGGGACGGUGGGGUACCCAGGCAGGCUAGGAGCACCGGAGCUGGGAGAUUGGCAGGGCCCUCUCCUGGGUCACUACCGUGAGCGCCGGCCGCAGCCGCCAUAGCGACCGCCUGCGGUUUGGGAUGUGCGAGCAACGGCGUCGGUUCUGUCCGUUCUCUGUAACUACAACCAUGGUGAAUUUCACCCAAGCUCUGCGUGAUCACUGGGUUCACAUCCUUGUUCCCUUAGGAUUUGUGGUUGGAUGCUAUUUGGACAGACUGAAUGAUGAAAAACUGUCUACCUUCAGAAACAAGAGCUUAUUAUAUAGAAGAGAGUUGAAGCCUGGUGAAGAAACUACAUGGAAAUAAAGGCUGCAGAUGAAAUGGAAAAUAUUUUUUUUUUCGAUUCAUCAUCUUAUCUUACUCGAUGAAAGCAUAGGGUUAUGGUUUUUACCUUGGGAGAAUAUGUAAAGCUGCGAAAGACAACUACAGUUCAUCUGUGCUAGCUUAAUUUUAAAGGUGACCUUUUGGAAAAUGAUUAAAUUACAUGACUAGUAUGUGUCCAGGGGUUCUCUUAGUCCGUAAGUGUUGAGAAACAUUUAUCCUCAGAAGUCAUGUUCUGGAGGGGAAAGGAAGAAUUACGUAAUAAAGAAAAAACUAUGCAAAAAUCA